AUGAUGUCACGUCACGGUCGCAACAAGUCUAAAAGUGGUGUCGGUCUAUUCAAUACGCUCUUAAAUAAAUUACCUAUAGAAUUACACCUCAAAGGUUAUAAUUACUGUGGUCCCGGCACCCGGUUAAAAGAACGUUUAGCAAGGGGCGACGUGGAGGUAAACAAACUCGACGAACUCUGCAAAUCUCACGACAUUUUUUACGAUAAACAUCAUUCAACUGCAGAAAGACAUAAAGCAGACGAAGUAUUAGAACACGGGGCUUGGGACAUUGUUAAAUCAAAGGACUCUGGAUUUAAAGAACGGGCUGCAGCAUACCUAGUUACCAACGCCAUGAAAGCAAAACGUAAAAUCGGAAUGGGAUGUGGUUUUAAAACUAUAGUUUCUGAAGCGAAAAAGGCUAUUAAGAAACAUAAAAAGACAGUCGGCAAAGAUAUUACAAAAUUAAUAAAAAUUGCGUUGACCGCUGCACGCAAAAAAACUCGUCGUGGUAGCAUUUCCCCCACACCACGUGUAAUACCAGUGCCGAAAUCCGGUGGAGCGCUUCCUCUUAUUCCUAUUUUUGCCGCUUUAUCAGCGUUAGGAUCUCUAACCGGCGGGGCGGGUAGUAUUAUACGUUCAAUCAUGGACGCGAGAGAAGCAAGCGAUAAAAAAUCUACAGUAAAACUCGGCAAAGGUUUAUACCUUAAACCUUAUAAGAACGGUGCCGGUUUAUUUUUAUCACCGCCCAAGACAAAAAACUAAUAUCGAAUCUGCCAAAGACUGCUCUAUAUGACUAUCAAAUUAUAAAAUAUGCAAAUUUAUUGAAAAUACCUCAUUUUAGAGGGGUCUUUAGCAGAGACACAUUGCCGGUACGUCCUUUAAAAAACGAGAGUGCAGUUAUUAAUUUAAGCAAACAAAACGAGCCAGGUACUCAUUGGACGUGCUAUAGAAAAAAUAACAAUACAGUACAUUAUUUCGAUAGUUACGGUGAUUUGGCUCCACCGCUAGAGU